AAGCAGAAACCAGUCUCUCGCUGUUUUGCCUUCGUCUGUCCGGACACGGCUAUCACCGCUGCUCCAAAGUGCCCUCUGGUGGCCACGCGAUAGAGCAGCAACAACCACCGAUUCCGCCGCUGCUGUGCUGAGCUCUGGUCAGGCGGGGCGGUUGGUUGUUUUUCCGGACUCCAUUUUAGGCUCGAUGUGGGUUGGUAAGAGUAUUGGCUGAGCGGCUGUUUGCGGGGCAGCGGCGGGCUACGUCAAGGCCGGACCCGGGCUCUGGCCUUGUUGCGCGUGGCCACUGUAUGACGCUACCCUUCUGCCUCUUGGAGGCCUGAGCCGUGCUGAGCUGAGAAGGAAACAGCAGCUCCCAGCGGACAGAAAUGGGCGCUGGGGGCCGCGAGGCCACUCCCCUUUCUGGAAGGCGCUUCUCUGGUUCUUGCUGCUCCUAAGCCUGAUUGCCCGUCGGCCGCCUAGACAACCGCCGGCCCGGAUGGAGACCCCGGUAGCGGGAGCGCCCGUCACGCUCAUCAUCAAAGCGCCCAACCAGAAGUACAUGGAUCAGACCAUCAGCUGCUUCCUGGACUGGACCGUCGGGAGACUGAAGUGCCACCUCUCCAAGGUGUACCCCAGUAAGCCGUCUACAAAGGAUCAGAGAUUGGUUUAUUCUGGCAGGUUGCUUCCUGAUCACCUGCAACUGAAAGAUAUUCUCAGAAAACAAGAUGAAUAUCAUAUGGUUCAUUUAGUAUGUUCUUCACGGACACCCCCAAAUUCCCCAAAACCUGAUAGAGAAAGUCAUGAGUCUUCAGCAUCUAGCAACAGCUUGAGUUCAGAACAUUUGGGAUCAAUAUCUCCUUCCCCAUCUCAAGAAACUGUAUAUACAACUGUCAGUAAUUCUGAAGAUGUGCGACAUCGCAACCUUGCACAGACACAAAAUAAUCAAAUGCAAAGCCAUCCAUUUUCAUAUCUUCUGCAGGGUGUAGAUAAUCAGUUUCCUGUGCAAGGAAUAUCAACUGGGUGUCCAGUAUAUCCUACUAUCAGCCCUCUCCAGAUGUUAUGGUGGCAACAGAUGUAUGCACAUCAGUAUUAUAUGCAAUAUCAAGCUGCACUUUCAGCACAGGAAAACCUCAGUCCUGAGUCUACCAGUCCUCCAGUUCCGGAGCCCUCAAAUUCUGAUUAUGUUCCUGCAAAUGAAGCCCCAGCAGCUCCAAAUGUAGCUCCACAGGAGAAUAGACCUAUAAAUCAAAAUGUGCAGAUGAAUGCUCAAGGAGGCCCAGUCAUAAAUGAAGAGGACUUCAAUAGAGAUUGGCUGGACUGGAUAUACACAUUCUCCAGAGCCACUGUUCUUCUUAGUAUUGUAUAUUUCUAUUCAUCCUUCAGUCGCUUUGUUAUGGUGAUGGGAGCUAUGUUAUUAGUUUACCUGCACCAAGCUGGGUGGUUCCCAUUCAGGCAAGAAGGAAUCCAACAGCCUGCAGCAAACAAUGCAGAUAUAAACCAUGAUGGUCAAAAUGUAAAUAAUGCUGGUCUUGAAGAAAUGGUAUUGAAGAAGAUAGUGGUGAAGACAUUGGUGAUGUCAAUGCAGAACAGCCUCCUGGAUUUAUGGCUUCCGCAUGGUCUUUCAUUACCACUUUCUUUACAUCCCUCAUUCCUGAAGGACCUCCACAAGUUGGCAACUAAACAAAGGAGGAAUUACUAAUAGAACAUGGAAGUUGACUCUGGGAGAGUGGUAUUUUAAAUAUCAUUAUACAUGUAUGUAUAUGUAUGUAUGUAUGUAUAUGUAUAUAUGUGUGUAUGUACACGUGUAUGUGUAUAUGUGU